AUGGUCAAAUCUAUCACUGCGCACGAAUUGCGCCAUCAUUGGGUGAAUCGAAAGGAAAUUGCCCUUCUCGACGUACGCGAAGAAGGCCCAUAUGCCGAGUCUCAUCCUUUGUUCGCAUUGAGUGUUCCGGUAUCUGAGAUAGAGAUGAAGCUGCCUGCACUGAUACCUCGGUUGUCAGCUCCGAUUGUUGUCUACGAUGAUGGCGAGAACUAUGUUCAUCGCGCGGCCACCCGGAUAUUGGAUUUGGGAUACACCGAUGUUGCCAUCUUGGAAGGAGGAGUCUCUGGCUACGCCCUUGUUGGUGAGGUUUAUCGCGAUGUGAAUGUCCCGUCCAAAGCGUUCGGCGAGCUCGUGGAGUCUAUAAAUCACACUCCUUCUUUACCAGCGCGGGAAAUCAAAGAUCUGCUGGAGAAAGAAAGUAAGGCAGUCAUUUUAGAUGCACGACGCUUUGAAGAGUUUAACACAAUGUGCAUUCCUCGGGGCCGCAGUUGUCCCGGUGGAGAGCUUCUUUACCGCGUGCUUGAGGCUGCACCUUCUCCCGACACAACUGUUAUUGUGAACUGUGCCGGUCGCACACGAAGUAUCAUCGGUACCCAGUCUUUAGUCAACUCUCGAAUCCCGAAUAGGGUGAUUGCUCUCCGGAAUGGUACCAUUGGGUGGACUCUAGAAGGCUUAAAGGUCGAUACCGGGAAAACAGCGCGUGCGGAACCACCUUCCCCUGAGUCGUUACAAAAAGCGCGUCAAUUUGCAGAGUCAUGGGCUGCUUAUGUUGGAGUUCCUGUGAUUGAUACGGAGAAAUUGAACGAGCUUACUGCAGGGCAUGAAACUCGAACUGUACACUUAUUAGAUGUGCGCGAUCCAGAAGAAUACGCGCUGGGUCACCCGACCGGCUUCGCCAACGCGCCCGGUGGCCAGUUGGUUCAAGCCACUGACGAGUGGGUCGGUGUUCGCGGCGCUCAAAUUGUUCUCUACGACACGGAUGGUGUGAGAGCACGCAUGACAAGUACCUGGCUUUUGCAACUUGGAUGGGAAGUUUAUGUUCUCGACGGAAAGUCCGUCUUACCGCAGGACUUGUCGGCACCUAAGAAGUUGCCUGUGCGUAUUCCGGAAUCAGGAGUCAUCACGAUUGAGGAGCUGCAAGCACUCCCAUCACCAACCAUCGUAGAUCUCGCCCGCAGCCCAGUAUACCGAAAAUGUCAUAUCCCUGGCGCAUAUUUCGCUUCUGGGCCUGAACUCGCUCGAGAUUUGAAGACCAUCAACGGUAGUGGUCCCAUCGUGUUGACCUGCCCGGACGGUGAUAUCGCUGCGACAAACCUGAAGGACGUACAAAAUUCAAUCUCGCGACAGGUAGUUUAUCUCAAAGGGGGAACUGCAGCCUGGGUCGCAGCUGGAAACUCACUCGAGACUGAGGCCCGCUGGCUUUCCCAGCCAAUUGACGUGUAUAAGAGACCGUAUGAAGGAACAAGCAACGCUCAAAAGGAUAUGCAGGCUUAUCUUGAUUGGGAGUAUGGGCUUGUUGCACAGUUGGCGAAUGAUGGGGUCUCAUGUUUCCAUGUCGUGCGCGAUCGACGAGGCUAG